UCGAGUUUUCUAGCCAUAAUCCAAUGCUACCGUUUGCCGCCGUCCGCGCGAGUGCGACCUGCUCCUUCCAACUUUCAAAAAAUUGCCGCCUCUCUCACUUCAUUUUUUUCGAAAACAUCACAUUUCUUCUGUUGUUUCUCGUUCUGAUACCUUGCCUUCCCACGGCUUGUUUGAGUGGUACCAGUAUUGGCAAUAGGACUUCAUCGACUCGACUAGACUCAUCAACAUGCCAAAGGUCAAGCCAACAUGGGUGUGCCAGAGUUGCGAGCGCCAGUUCACAACCAAGUACAGCUUGAUGCGUCAUUUCAAGCGCUUCCCACAGCAUUCGCCUCCUCAUCUCAGUCCAACUGACGGCGAGAUCAAGCCGAUCACAGUCCAAAUCAACGACAAUGUUAGAACUGUGACCGGCAUUCCUAUCCAAUUGGCUCCCGGCUCUGCUUCCUCUCAUGGACAUGGAACUCGGUUUCGGCAGCACAAGCAUCAGGAGAUUUCCGAAGAAGAGGAUGCUGUCAUGGUAGAAUCAAGCACUUCCAAGAAGAACUCACAGCAGCAGCCAAUGAACCAUUCGACUGGACACUCUGGACGCCGUUACUCGCUUCACAACGUUUCCGACAUCGAAACAUCGCCAUCUUCUUCCGAGUUUGAUUCUCCUGCCGCCAAUGAUACUUCUACCGAAGAAAUGUCCAACGACGAGGCUCCCAGCACCAAGAAGAAUCAGCACUAUCCCUUUCUCCCGCCAUUCUUGGAAGAUGAACAGAUUCUGAACAUUGCUACCCCUCAGCAGCCACUACAGCAGACUGUCCAUUCUCCACUCCCUCCAUCUGGAGCUCUAUCUCCGGCUCCUCCAUCGGCCGAUCCCAACCGACUCUUGUCCUCUCCCUUGGCGGCACACUACAGUUGGGUCUUUGCCAAGGACACUACCGCUCCAGAACCAGGACAAGCUUUUCUCAGUCCAUUGGCACCUGCUUGUACGAGUACCAACUUCCGUCAGGUCUUUCAAGAAGAAGAGGAAAAACUAAAGCGAUUGGCGGCAUCCGCAAACAAACAUGUUCGUUCUCCUGUCGAGUUGGCGGCGCUAGACAAGAGUCUCUUGUUGGGAGACGAAGAAGCGACCAGUCCCUUUACGUUUAUGGAAAAGACGUCUUCUCACGAACCCAUCAUCCCCGUGGCAGCCACCGCCCUGGACUUUCUUUCGCCACCCUACCAGUCGGCUCGUGAAGUCAACAUGGAUGACUUGGACCUGGGACGCUUCUACGCGCCCAUGGUAUGACGGAGAGAAGCAGCUUUGAUCACGCUAGUCAGGCUCGUCUGUGUCAAUGUGUCUGUAUGUUUGUGUUUGCUGAUGAAUACUGUGUCUAUUCCAUUUCAUGUUGUACUUUAACGGGGGUUGGGGAACCAGAUCGGUGGUUGUGAGUUGAAAGAUGGUUUCGAAGAAUGAUCCUCUCUAUAUAAUACAUAUGUUGCAUUCUUUAGUAAGUAGGAAAGAUAAUAAUAAGUGACUGACAGGCGUCGAUACUUGCAUAAUAAGAAGCUUCAGUUAACCCAU